AGUACCCCACUUAGCACUCAACUACUCUAUUCUCUCUCCCCUUUCCUUUCUUUCUUCUUCUGCUGCUGUUCGGCAAAAAGGAAACCUUUUGAUUUCGGCAAAGAAGAUUUCACGAAUUUAGAAGAAAUGAGUAACGAAUACGAUUAUUUGUUCAAGCUACUUCUAAUCGGCGACUCAUCUGUCGGCAAAUCUUGUCUUCUUCUCCGAUUCGCUGAUGACUCUUACGUGGAUAGUUACAUCAGCACUAUCGGAGUUGAUUUUAAAAUUAGGACUGUGGAGCUGGAUGGAAAGACAAUCAAGCUGCAAAUUUGGGAUACUGCUGGCCAGGAGCGUUUCAGGACUAUAACCAGCAGCUACUAUCGUGGAGCUCAUGGAAUAAUAAUUGUGUAUGAUGUAACGGAGAUGGAAAGCUUCAACAACGUUAAGCAGUGGUUGAAUGAGAUUGAUAGAUACGCUAAUGAUAGUGUGUGCAAGCUUCUGGUGGGGAACAAAUGCGAUUUAGUUGAGAACAAGGUUGUUGAUACCCAGACUGCAAAGGCAUUUGCAGAUGAGCUUGGGAUCCCAUUUCUUGAGACCAGUGCGAAGGAUUCUAUUAAUGUGGAGCAGGCUUUCUUAACUAUGGCUAGCGAGAUUAAGAAAAAAAUGGGUAACCAGCCAUCUGCAAGCAAGAAGGCAACAAGCACUGUUCAGAUUAAGGGGCAGCCAAUUGAGCAGAAAAGCAACUGUUGUGGUUAACUGUACAUGUGACUGUAGUUCUUUAAUGCAAUCUAGCAGAAAAAUGUUUAAAAAAAUGCUAAACCUUCUUCUUGUGUAGACUGUUGACCUCGUUAAUCUUCUAAUGUGCUUAUAAGUUGAUGCCAAUUGUAUUUUGUGGAUUUAAGAGGAAGAAGGUCUGUACUUCUUGUUUAUUGGACUGUCUUUUCUUUCUUUGUUAUACAUAUCAUUCUUACUUUGUCUACCAA